CCUGUACUUGCAUGCGAAGUUGCUACUGAAAGCUGUACGUAAGGAUUCCGAGUAUCUCAGAGCGCCAGAAGCAGUCCACCUUGCUUGUAGGACUAGGCAUUCAGUGACUUUUGACAGCCUGCCAAACAGAGAAUGUCCUUGUUUCUCGCCAGCUGGCGUACGCACCAUUCAGCAGCGAUAAGUUUGGAGAGCUUUGUUCAACGAGCCUGGCGUUCUCCGAGUAAGUGUUGGCUGGAUUCCGAAGCGGCUAGAUAAGUUGCAGGAGAGCUACGCACAACGCGCCUAGCGUUCUCUGAACAAGCUUGGCUGGUCCUGGGAUCGGUGGAUAGAUCUGGGACAUGGCGGGCCACCAGGCACGGGCCCCUUUGGUGUGCCUCAUCUCGGGGGUGAUCACCGAGCUGGGCAGAACCAUCUCCUACACUUUUGCGGAAGAGGGUGGGCGCCCGAUCCUGGUAGGCGAGACGGGCCAGCGGGACGAGCUGGGCAAGAUCGCGAAACGGUGCGGCAGCAUCGGCGCGCCGUCAACGGUUGACAUCCACCCGGUUCAGCUGCACAACAAAGAGACGGUCGACCAGCUGUGCUUCAACGUGCUCUCGCGGCAUGGCGCGCUCGACAUACUAGUUAACAACCCGGAGGGCAACCCCGGAACCUGGGACACCGAGAUUUUGCUCAAUCUAGUGGGGCACUUUGCCUCGGUGAUGGGCGAGAAAGGCCGGGGCGUGACGCUGAUCAAUCUGGAGCACCACGAACCGGAGGAGGUCGAAAAGAAGUUGGCCAAGUACGAGAAUCUGACGGUGGUCCAGGUGAAGAAGGCCGAGUUCGACUCGCCGGACAAGAUCAGGAAGGUCCUCAAGGAGCGGCUUGGCCUGGGCAGGCUUCUCCCGGUCGACGCCCCGGUUGUUACAGGCGAUGCUCCGAUUCACGAGCCGAUCGGCGGGAUCGUCGAAGCGACCGGCGCAAGGAACAACAACGGCCUGCUCCAGCGCGAGACUGCCCCGGGCGAGCUGAACAAGGCGGUGUCAGACUACUGCGGCGCGGUGAUGCAGCCGGUGGACCCCAAUAAUCUGGAGCCGGAGCAGGAGCACGAGUACAAGGACGAGCCGCAGCGGACGCCCGACAUCGUGGUGCAGUGCUACAAGCCAUUCAACGGCGAGCCCCCUCACGGCGUCCUGCUGAGCCGUUUCAUCACACCGAACGAGAUUCACUACGUGCGGAACCACUUGCCAGUUCCCGCCAACGCAGGAACGAUCAACACGCACAAGAUCGUAGUCGAGGGCGACCCCGACUUGAAGCUGUUUUGCGCGGAGCUGACGGUGCAAGAUUUGAAGGACAAGUUUGAGGCGGUGACGCUCACCGUGACGCUGCAGUGCGCGGGGAACCGGCGGAACGACAUGUGCGCGGUGGAGACAGUGUCGGGCCGCGCGCCGUGGAACGCGGGUUCGAUCAGCACCGCCGAGUGGACGGGCGUGCGCGUGCGCGACCUCGCGCGCCACAUCGGGCUGGACCCCGACCGCGCGCGCCAGCUGGGCGCCAAGUGGCUGACCGCCACCGGGCUGGACUGGCACCGCGUUACGCAGCAGCACUUCGAGGCGUCUAUCUCGACCCAGAAGGCGCUUGACGUCAAGGGCGACGUCAUCGUGGCAUACGCGAUGAACGGCAAGGAGCUGCCGCCCGACCACGGGUACCCGGUGCGCCUGAUCGUCCCGGGUUACGUGGGCACCCGUUCCGUCAAAUGGCUCCAGCGGAUUCUAUUCUCCGCAACGGACUCGCAGAGCCCCUGGCAGCAGAUCGACUACCGCCCCGCGCCGCCGAGCGUCAAAGUGCACGAGCAGGCAAAGCCGCAGGAGUGCGCGCCGCUUAUGGCGCUGCCCGUGCAGUCCGCGAUCCUCAUGCCGACUGCCGGGUCAAUCAUAGCACCCGACCAGACCAGCAUCAAAGUGAAGGGUUAUGCGUGGUCGGGCGACGGCCACGCCAUUGUGCGGGUGGACGUGUCUUCGGAUGAAGGGCAGAGCUGGACCCAGGCCAAGAUCACCGAGGGGCGCUCGCAGCCUGAGGGCCGCGCCUGGGCAUGGGCCCUGUGGGAGCUCUCGGUGCCCAUCCCGUCCGAGAAAAAGGCUGUGGGCGGCAAGAUGACGCUUACGUGCAAGGCCUUUGACGACGCGUGGAACACCCAGCCGCGCACCACCGCCGAGAUUUGGAACUACCGGGGACUUAACUGCAACUCGUGGCAUACCAUACCGGUGUGCAGCCAGGUGGCGCCCCGGGGGACUGCCACCGGGCUGAUGCAGAAGGCGGGGCACGGGCUGAUGGAGAAGGCGGAGCAGGGGAUGAAAGCGCUCGGGGUGGCGUGAGAAGACGGGGACGCCGCUGGAACUGAACUUAGGAUCAGAAGAAAAACGGCGACGAGUCUUGGACUGAAGCGAGAUCAGAAGAGAAACGAUGACGGGGAAUGCAGAGGAGCAGAGGUUUUGUGAAGGUGUCGUUGUGAGUUUUUUUUCUAAAGAUUUACCGAAAGGUUGCGCUCGGGUUUCAGGGUUGUAACGGCGGAUUGCCUGCGGCUCUUAGAAGGACGGUGAGGACCGCGUCAAGUUGUUUGCAUCGGGAAGGGGGACAAGGCCCAGUUUUGUUCGAAUUGUGUAAGCAGCCAUAAUUUACGAAUCGAGCGAAAUUGUAAUCAGAUGACUGGGACACUGUAUUAGGAGAUUCACAUCAACUUACGGCAUUGUAAAUACUUGCGAGGAUACUGCUGAAAGUAGGCUUGCGUUCACACACUAAGGCACUUUAAUUUGGAUGUCUCCAACACAAAUUGGAUGACGUCAAAGCCAGGAUGACGUCAAAGCCAGGAUGACGUCAACACCAGAACUUUCGGAUGAUAACGGAAGGGACGUUCUAUAUGACGCAAUCUCCCUCAAGAAUUGCUAGUUCAGAGCAUUUGGCCAUCAACACAGUAUAGCAAACCCCCCAAAAUGUCGACUUCCAACUCAAAUAGCCUGCUCCAUUGAGAUCCAUAGCCAGUGCUGUAGGCCGUGCCGAAGACUAAAAGUUUAGUAACAACGUUAGGGCUUGGGAUCGUAGGUCUCAGGGAGUUGACUCGCAGGAUUCAGGUACUUCCAAGUCAGUAUGACCGAUGGCUUCAAGAUGCAAGCGAUGAUGUUCCUGGGUCAAUCUGAUCUGGAUUGAAGUCACACGUCGCAGCUAUACCGGGGCAAGC